CGCGGCGCGGCUCAAGAGCGACACGGUGACGUUGCGGAACGCAGGACAAGCGCCUGCGUUGUUCUCUUACCACGAUGUAGAAGAAGAUGAGUUACUGAAAUCGGCGGGCAGCGCUAGCAUGGCGGAGAUGGAAGCGGCUGUCAUGAUGCAGGAGAUACUCGCGGCCCGUGAAGCCCGAGCGGCCGCGCGCGCCGCCGAGCUGGCCGCUGGCAGAGCGCACCCGCCAGACUAUAACGAACACGAACACACCGACUAUAAGGACCACAAGGAGUUCUACAAGGACCAGAAGGACAAGGAUUACUCCUACAAGGAACAUAAGGAGUAUGAUAUUAAGGAUAAGGAUCAUUCGCAACAUAAGAGCGAAUCGACGCGCAGCCGGCGUCGGCGCGAGCGUCACUGGCUCGAGACGCACGCUUCAGAGACCGACCUCUAACAUAUCCUACUAUUUAUCUUACUUACACCUAUUAAUACUCACUACCGUGUUCAAUACACAGACACCGCGUUAUGAAGUGUUUACAAAGAGCGCGCUUAAUAAGGUCACUACGGGUAAGUGUGUCUGACCUUCCCAUUUGGCCUGUUUAAUAGAGAUGGGCCGAAUACGGACUCUGCCGAAUUCGAAUAUUUGGCCGAACGUUCGGCUAAGCUGUUACCGAACCGAAUAUUCGGCUGCGCCAUAUUUCUAAUACUAGCUUAGAGUUAAAAACUUUCGAAUGAUUGGUAAUGGGUACAUUUAUCUUACUAAGGCCCUUAAUGUUCCUAUAAUUUAGGUCAUAAGAAAAUUUUGGUUUUUGUUUCUUAAGCUGCGUUAUUUUUAUUUUUUACAAAAUUAUCGUAUUUAUAUUUUAACGCAUUUUUAACUCUCUUUGGUUGUUCCUUAGAAUAAUGACAUAGGAUGUCAUUAUCCGAUGAAUUACGAAACAACUUACGCUAUUUAUUUACUUUGUUUAUUCGGUAAUUGUUCGGUAAUGUAAUCAAAUUCGGCCGAAUACGAACAUUGAAAAACUUGCCGAAUAUGCCGAAUACCGAAUAUCCGGCCCAUCUCUAGUUUAAACCAAUUAUCAGUGUUUAUUGAAGGUUCGUGUUUACCACUAAUCAUGAGUAGCAAAAGCACGAGCUCACAAAAACACCUGUGACAAUCAGUAAAAAGGCAAAAUGUGAAGGCCAGACACACUUUCCCUUAUGACCACAGAUGUCAUAUAUACCAUAGAUCAAGCAAACGUAUCUACUUAGCGUGUCAAAUGAACUCAGUGAAAUCCACUGAGUUGUCCG